AUGCCCAUCAUCAAUGCUGAUACCCCGCCCUCAACCGCCGACACGCACUACGUCGUCUACUUUGCGUCUGGUGAGCCGUCCUGGUGUCCUGAUUGCCGAAAUGCUCUCCCGGCUCUCCAGAGUGUCUUUGGGGCAGACUCAGCGCCUUCGGCAACUGUAAUUCUCGCCGGUACCCGAGAGGAGUGGAGGAACCCAAGCAACAAGUGGCGCGGUGCACCUUACAACAUCAACUGUCUUCCAACUAUCGUAAGGGUGGAAAAUGGACAGGAGGUUGCACGCCUUGGAGACGUUGAGGGCCAGCAGGAGUCGGCUUUAAGAAAACUGAUUGCUUGA